AACAAUAUUGUUGACCAGUCAUCUCUGUGUUCCCCACUCCGUCUACCUUCUUCUCCAAGAACUAGAACGCCCUACCACCGCCUGACACACAAAUCCCCGGCCAGUAAAAAAAACCCCACACAACACCGCCGCCGCCAACAACUACACGGCGGCGCUUUCCUUCAAAAUGAGCGGAACCUUCAUGACCAAAUCCAGCGUCCUCCGCGUCCUGCGCGCCAACACGAUCACCCACAUCACCGACCCAACCGCGGCGGCGGCGGCGACCACAGCCCAUGGCCUUUUGAGGAACCAAACGAAAAGUUUGCAGCCCAGAGCUCAUUACCACCUGGGCUUCCCUUCUCAUCUCUUCAGGAAAUCCAGAGAGUGCGUCAAUGACAUCUCUCCUUCCCUCUUCUCUUCAGCCUUUUCUUCGUCCUCUUCUUCUACGUCUACUGCUCCGCUGGCGAGUAGGAUCCCGUUUGUUUCGUGGUACCUGGACAUGGUGAAAUCCCGUCCUAUAUUGACCAAGAGCGUCACAGCCUCGUUUGUUUACGCUGCAGCUGACCUAUCUUCUCAGACAUUGUCAAAGACGAGCUCUGAAUCAUAUGACCUGGUGCGGACAUCGCGCAUGGCUGGAUACGGCCUGCUAAUUCUGGGGCCAUCGCUUCAUUUCUGGUUCAACUUCGUCUCGAGGAUGUUCCCAAAGCGAGAUGUCAUGGCAACGUUGAAGAAAAUGGCCAUGGGACAGGCCAUUUAUGGACCCAUUAUGACUGUUGUUUUCUUCACCACGAAUGCACGAUUACAGGGUGAGAGUGGUCCUGAGAUAAUGGCCCGCCUGAAGAGAGAUGUAAUCCCCACAAUGAUCAAUGGUGCCAUGUACUGGCCCUUAUGUGAUUUUGUUACAUUCAAGUUCGUCCCUGUCCAUCUCCAGCCAUUGGUGAGCAAUUCAUUCUCCUACUUGUGGACUGUCUAUAUGACGUACAUGGCGAGUAAAGAAAAAGUGGCUGCGCCUGCUCCAGCGAGUUAGCAGCUCAAAGCUCCGAGUGGUGUAUUCUGCAGCUCUACCUUGGCUGAUUCGAGUACCAGGAACCCUGAUUCAACCGUGAAUAGAGUGUGAUUCAUCCUAUUCCUAUGGCUUGCGUCGGGGUUGAUCGAGCAGCAGAUGCUGCCUUCGGUUGCAUUGAUUUGAGUUUCUGUUUAGAGGGUUUUUGUGCAACUCGAUGAAUAGAUUAGCAUGUCAGUGAAGAGGUCAAUGUUUAGUGUUGUUGAAGCAGGGACCUUAUGUUCUUCCUAACUUUGUAAUGGAAUUUGUCCACCCCAAAUUUAUGAGGGUUCGCUUAUGGAACUACGACCCAUCCAAUUUUCUUCAAGU